AUGUCCCACAACACCCACGGUACAAAGGUCGACCUUGGUAACAAGGCACCAGAGCUGAACGAGCGCGCCGGCAUCGUCGCCGACGACUCCCUCGCUGGCGAAUCCUACCGCAACGACGGCGAAUUUUCCAAAAAUGCCGGCGCAAAGCCCGAGCACUUUGGCAACGACAAGAACAUCCACAGCGGCCCCAAGGCGGCGCAAGACGGCAAUGGCGGCGCGGCGCCGUCGUACCUUGUCGACACACAGCUGCGCGACCAGGGUGGCCCUCAUGGCAAGAACAUCCGCGAGGAGAACCUCGAUCUGCUGGACAACCGCGACGGUCUGAAGCGCGCGCUGCGAUCAGAGCCUGGUUCGGAAGACGAUCCCAGUCGUUUGGCGGAGCAGCAGAUGCAGGGACGCAACGCCAUUCCCGGCGCGGCACCACCAGUGCGGGACACGGAGGGUGGUAACAGCUUUGAAGAACUUGACCGCAAACUGUCUGCCUGA